GUAUCAGAGCGCAAGUCUUAGUCCAUCAGUAGAAAUGUAUUGUUUUCACGAAAUCUAUUCUUUUACAAGAGCACGAACAGACUUGUGGACUGACUACCGGCUACUGGUAAUAUCUCACCGCAAAUGGGUAAGUUGCCUAAAAACUAUAUUUAUUGCAAACGUUUUUAUUUACAAAGAUUUCAAGUUGCUGACACCAGUUGACAAUGUUAAAAAUGUCAAAUCAAUGUCACUUUGGUGCGUUUUCUUCACAAGGCAAGGCUUACUUCAAGCGUCCAUCUUGGCAGACUGCAAAUGUCAUAAUUGGUAUAUUGCUUCGGGAAGCUUGCCGUUUUAUCUUGGUUUAUUAUAAUGGUUAUUACAAAUACUGAGUAAAUCCCACUAGCGGAAUGACUGCAAGGCUAUUUAUAGUUAUGACGCGCUUUCACAUGUUGUCGAACUCAACAGGCGUGGUCAAAUGGUCAGAACAAUAAUCAAAUAAAUUGCCUGUCCUUUCACGUCCAUCACAUUACCAAGGCAUUGACUGCCCGAGAAGAGACAAACGAAGGAGAGACUUCACUGUGGUUUAGACUUUUUACGAUUUAAAAACAACUUACAUAAUGGAAUACGUAACGAGUGAAGGAAUAGUCGUUACUAACAGAAUUUUUGUCGGAAGCAUACCACAUUGGAUGUGCGAAAACAAACUUCAACUCGCGUUUCAAGAUUUCAAUUUAAAUGUGAAAGAUACAAGAAUUGUAUUGGACUUAAAGACUGGGGAAAGGAAAGGGUAUGGCUUCGUUACAUUUUAUAAUGUUGAAGACGCCGUGAAUCUUGUCAAAAAGGGUUUUGUGAUAACGAGAGAAGGAAUUAGACUAAAAGUUGAUACUGCAAUUCGCCGAAAGGGAUUGCAAAUCCGUUUGCAGCGUCAAAAAGAGUUUCUUGAAAAGUCGUUGAGCGUCAGUGCGACAAGUGGACAAAGUUUUGGUUUAAGUAAUCAGCCAGAGACUCAAUGGCAGUCUAGUCCAACCAUGAGUUCAACUCAGCCUGCUCAGCUCCAGUAUGUUUACUCAUUUGCCAAUUCCAAUUGUCAACCAACAAUCAUUCCUUGUGACCAUGGUUGUCAAGCUGAUAUUUGGAGCAAGGCAAUGUUUUAUCAGAAUUGGCAACAUCCUGCCUUUGGUGCACCAAUAAGUCUGCCAUGCAUGCAUUAAUUGUUGUUAAUGUGCAAUAGUUACAAGCUCUGCAGGACAGGCUUGCUUAUGUAUAGUUUAUUUGAUGUACGUUAUUUCAAGUUAUUAACAACACAGCGAGUCUGUGAAUUAUAUCAUAAUGUAAAGUAUUAUCCAAUGGGUUUUAAAAUUAGUUAAUAUUUAAAAACUGUGUCAGUGUUGCAUGGCUCAAAUCAUUCAUAUGUUGUUGAUUGCAACAUACUUGUUAAAGUAUGUUCGAUUUCAAGUUCCAUAAUACAAUCCAUUUGUGAAUAAACAUCUUAAACAUA